AUGUCUUCCAUAAAACGAAAAGCUUUAGAUACUGUCUUACAGAGACGUGUCAGAGCUAGGCGGGAAUCAAGUGAAGAAUUAGAAGAAUCUCCGCAAUUGGAGUUAUCAGGUUCCGAUAACGAGGGCGAAGAGAAUGGCACAGAAGCGAGUGACCAGGAAGACGAUAAUGAGUCAAGUAGCUCAGACGAAGAAGAACCCACCCCCGAAAACGCUGCCUCAAUAUCAUUCGGCGCCUUAGCAAAGGCAGAAGCAACCUUAUCCGGUUCAGGAAAGCGCACAAAGCGCAGCGCAGAAGACGACACCGUUCAGAAAUGGGGAGACAAUGAGGCUCAGGAACGAAAAGAGGGGAGAAAAGACCGUAGGGAUUUCAACCGUUCGAGUAAACAUGCCCCCACCGAAAUCUCCAGCAAGAAAGCCGUAUCGCGGAAACGGGAUGUCGUACCUGUCCCAAAGCGCGAAUUCCGAGACCCUAGAUUUGACACAAUAUCUGGCAUGGUCGAUGAUGAUAAAAUAAGGAAGGCGUAUUCAUUUUUAGAUGAUUACAGGGAGGAUGAGAUGAAGGAGUUGAAGACUGCGAUCAAGAACUCCAAGGAUGAAGAUAAAAAGGAGGAAUUAAAACGCGUUUUGCUGUCGAUGGAAUCCAGGAAGAAGGCCCAGUUGAGGAAGGAUAAGGCGAAGGAGGUUCUGGAUAAGCAUAGGAAGGAGGAGAAGGAAGCUGUGAGGAUGGGAAAGAAACCUUUCUAUCUGAAAGAGUCGGAGCAGAAGAAGAGGGCUUUGGUGGAGCAGUUUGGCGGACUGAAGGGGAAGCAGUUGGAUAGGGUUAUUGAGAGACGGAGGAAGAAGGUUGAAGGGAAGGAGAAGAAGAAUAUGCCGUUUGCGAGGAGAACUCAGGAAUAG